GCGGAAGAAACAUGAAGUGAGCGGGGUCCGUCCCAAACCCGAUGCCGAGUCGGAGUCCUCGCCGACGGCUCCCAUCGCCCGUCUACUCACCGAGCUCCUAACCACCAUCUUCUCUCUCGUGGGUCCCUUUCAGAGGAGUUCGGAUAUAUACCCCUUCCACUUCGGAGGCGCAGAGACGUGGAUGGGAUGGGUGCCGCUCAUGCUGGUGUGUCGGCUCUGGCGCAACGUCGGUAUCCAGACUCCGUGGUUAUGGCGCAGGAUAGGCGUCACCAGUAAUCUGGAGGCUCUGCAGUACCAUCUCUCGCGCACAGUGGGCUGCACGAUUGAUUUGAUCCUUUCGUACCACAGCAAAGGGAUGAAGGAGUCGAUGCCUUUGCUUCUCCCUUUUGCGCACAGCAUCCGCUCCAUACAGACAGAGCCAUCGGAACCGAUCAAGUUCAAGUUCGAGAGCCUUCCUCUCAUCAAAGCUUUGUUCGAAGCCCCUCUUCCGGCAUUGGAAACCGUCAAUAUCCAAGUGUACACGCGAGAUCCCCGCUGGCAGGAAGCUGGCCCGUUUGACUUGGGACUGUCAGGGAAGCUGCAUCCGAGGGUCCGUCGGUUGGAUGUGGCUUCUCAUAUCGCGAUACCUUGCACACCGAAUGUCUGGGGUGCGCUCCGUUCGCUACGGGCUUGCAUUGACGGGGUGGUAAAUCGGGACAGGCCCGUCGACGACAUUCUCCGCGUUUUGGCCGGUGCCCCUAACCUCGAGUCUCUGGUCGUCUCCGAAGAACAUUAUUCAUAUGACUCCGAGUCAUCCCCUGCCAAUACCAUCGCUCCCAACGGUUCCAUGCCUAUACUACAUCGCCUUCAUAAUCUUCGAAAGAUACGCCUCGAGGGCUCGUUCUGGUUCGUCGCUCGGGUCCUGAAGAGGAUCGACGCUCCCGCUCUGUCUAUCUUUCACGUUAGCGCCUGUCCACCCGCAAAUGUCGACGUUGCCGAUUCGGCCGCUUUGCUUUUCCCACCACCUCUCCGCCAUAUCCUCAGCAAAAGCGAGCAUCUGUACGUCUCCGCCAACAAUGCACUCGACUUCCAGAUCUGCUCGCACGCCAAGAUCCGUACUCCUCGAGACUUCCUGAGUUGGGAAAAUGAUUCUGUGCCUCUGAUUUUCCGUGUCACCGGCUAUACGUGGUCCACCUCUCCGCUCAGUACGGCAUUAAGUGCGUUACGCGAUGGAUUCCAAACGGCACCGCUACAGACACUGUCCUUCGAGAGGUUGCACGUCGCUGCUCCCGUUGUUGCUUGGAAGACACUCCAGGUAACAUUUCCCGACUUGCGGUCCGUCCGGAUUGGAAGCAAGAGUCUAAACGUGAUUUACUGCUUCUUCCUCGCACUCCGAGAGCUGGCGCUGAAGGGCGGAUGGCCAUUGCUUUCGUGCCUGGAGGUUGAUUUCGGCCGCAUCUCUGAUUACAGCAACUCCUUGUCGUGGCACCUCGUCUUGCAGCCCUUGGUAGAGGCCACCCGUGCUUGGAACGAGCAGGGGCUGCGCCUCGAGGACAUCAUUUUUCAGACUUUGCGCAUCACGCGGAGACGAUUCGGGCCCCAUAGGCGGACAUUCCUAGCUAUCAGUAUGCUGUGCGGCCGCUUCAUCUAUCGCAGCCCCUUCUACUCCAAUGGCACUUUCUGUGACAAGUACAUGGUCGAUGUGGUAUCAGAAUUGCUCCCGACCACUCCAGAGUGGCGAACGUGGUCAGGCCGGCAUGGCAGAAACAUAGUGGGCAAGGAGGCCAAUGGGGGCCCUGACAUAGAGACGAGUUUUCCGGACGUUGAAUUUCCCGAGAUAGAAACUAUG